AUGUCGAUACAUAGGAAGGCCGAUAUGAUAAUAGAAAACAUGGCCACCAACACCUACAAACCAUUUGCUAAAUUGGGACAAUUCAUCAAACAAAUUUUUGAAGAUGAUGAUGAAUCAGAUUCUCCAAACCUCCACCAACUUGCUAGAGCAGGAAACGAGGCUCAGCUACAAGAAAUUAUAAAUAACGGAUGUGACGUCAACCUGGAAGACAGUGAUGGAUUAACAGCACUAUAUAUAGCAACGAAAAGAAGUCAUACAAAAAUUGUAGAAAUCCUCCUUCAGAAUGGAGCAUGUGUCAAUACAAAGCACAAUCCUUUGCACAUUGUUCGAGAUUUGGCCAUUGCACAUUUACUUCUUCAAGCUAAAGGUGAUCUUAACGCCAGAGACGAAUAUGGAAAUACUCCUUUGCAUAAAGCGAUUAUUGCUGGAAAGGAAAAUUUAGUUGAAUUUUAUUUGUCUGUUGGAGCAGAUAUUUACCAAAUGAAUGCUAAAAAACAAACAGCUCUUCACACUUUGUGUUCGUCCUUUAUGGAAGAACCUCAUGGUUCAAAAUUGGCUCGAACGCUUAUUGAGGGAGGUGUAAGUGUAAACUGUAAAAACUGGUUAAAUAGAUCACCAUUACACUUAGCUGCGAUACAUUACCACCUUGAUAAACUUCAAACAAUUUGUACUCUGAUAAAAGCUGGAGCCUCUUUGUCGGAUUUAGACUUGCAAGGAUUAAACCCAAUACAUCAUUACUUCGAACAAUCUAGAGGGUGCUCAGAUGAUAAAGAAGAAGUAUCGUUGACAUUUAUUGACUCUCUUAUUGUUGACGAACAAGCAGCGGACCAUCGAACUGCAAUUGGCCAGACCAUUUUGCAUCUUGCCAUACGAGAUAUACCACUUCAGAUUCUGAAGCACCUUGUAAGAAAAGGAUGUCAGCUCAAUGCAAAGGAUAGUCGACAACAAGGUCUUCUGCAUUAUCUAGUUGACAGGGAUGAUUCCACGACUAUAAUACAAUACUUAGUAGACAUGGGAUUAGAUGUAAAUGAUCAUGAUAUUUGGGGACAAACUGUCUUGCAUCUUGCUGUCGAGAAAAACAAGAAAAAACUUGUGGAGACUCUUGUUAGUCUUGGUGCCGAGGUAAAUGUGAAGGAUUCUAUUGAGAGACAAGCAAUACAUAUAGCUGCAGAACAUGGUUGGGAUUUUAUCCUUGAAUUUCUUCUACAAAAAGGGGCAAAUAUUAAUUCACUAGAUAAAUAUCAAUCUACACCUUUACAUUUCGCUGCUUGGAACAACAAGUCAUCCAUUGCAUAUACCCUUGUCAAUUAUGGCUGUGAUGUUGGGUGCAAAGAUGCACGUGGACAAACUGCAAAGGAUGUAGCACAGUUCAGAUCCAGUAUUGACUUUCUUCAAAUUCUUGAUGAACAUGGUCUAGAAUAUCAGAAGCAUAAAGAGAUGUCGUUUUCAAAACAUGCUAAUAAGUUGUUACAUCUGAAAGAUUUUCAAGAUAUCUUAAAUUCAAAUGAAACGCUAAGAGACCCUGAGAAUCUUAAUGAGUAUCUUAUCAAUUUAAUCACAACUUCGCCGACGGGAAUUUUACACAGAGAUUCUGAGGCUCUGGAGAUUCAUACUGCUGUCGAUGAAUUUGCAAUUAACGCUGCAAAAUGUCUUUCACAGAGUGAUCCAAAGCUAGAGUGCACUGUGUAUCCUGUUGGUAGUUCUUCUGAAGGGACUAAAACACUUUAUCCAGACGAAUUUGAUUACAUCGUUUGCUUUGAGAAACUCAGUGAGAAUAUCUAUCCACGGCAUGAAAAAGAAGAUAUUCAGGAAAGCAUUUUUCUCAUCUCGGAUAAAGAUACUGAAAUGCGAGAGGUUCUAAAAGAAGGUGUCGACUUCGAUGAAACACUCUACUCAGUAUCGGACUAUACUCGUAUUUUUCUAAAGAAAGAGGCAAUCAACACAUACUCAGAACUCACUGAAAUGGAAUCAAAAAUAGUUCCAAAUCAUACCAUGUUCCAAACAUUUACGCAACGUGUAUCCAAAAUUGUUUUUAAUGAAAGUUUUCCGAAAGAUGACCGAUUACUGAUAAAGGACGUGAGCAACGAUCCAAAAAUAGUAUUGCUAUGGAGAGGCUCAAAAUACAAAAGCCUGGAAAUCAAUGUUGAUUUUGUUCCAGCUGUGCGCCUAUCUUCUUGGCCAAACAAAUUGCGAAUAAAUUCAAAAAUCUUUGGUCAGGAUUUACUGCGAUUGCCUUGUCUUGCUGUUCCAAAAAUGACAAGUCAAGAAGAUGAAAACCUUUGGAGGUGUUCCUUGUCGUUAGUAGAAAUAGCAAUAAUGAAAAGAUGUCGUCCACAUAUUCGAAAUAGCUACAUCGCUGCCAAGUCUUUGAUCAGUUCAGCUGUUUGUCCCCUUGUUAGCUUUGGUGACUAUGAAGAAGCGAAGGAUUAUUACCGAAGUCGCCACGACAGUAUGUCAUCUGAAGAAGAGUUUGAACUUUUCGAAGAAUUGGGAGACAUAUUACCAUCAUACAUAUUAAAAAUGGCGUUCCUUCAUGUCAUAGAAGAGAAAGCAACAAGAGAUGGUGUCGAAACCGUCUUUGAUGACGUUUUGUAUGAGAGAGACCCAAUCGAUCAACUUAUAUUGACAUCAGAGUCCAUUGCACAUUUUUCUAGAACCUUUGUUUGCAAGGAAUGCGAUCCAAAUGUUGUAAAAGGCAUUUUCCAAAAAUGCCAUGAAUGGCUCUCAGACCAGUUUGUUCCAUCUUUUUUCAAUCCCCGGCACAAUGUUUUGGGCUCAAGAAUGCUUGAUGAAGACGGUGUCAAAGUACAAAAAUUUAUAAAGUUCAUCGUCAAACUUCUAGGAGAAAACUGAAUACACAAACAUGUAUAAAAUACUUUAUAUGUGGGGUG